AUGACGAAAGUAUUCCGGCAGAUUCUAUGUGUCGUUGAUGGAGUGGAUGAGUGCCCUGACGAGGGCGAUGCCGUCACGCAAUUGAUGGCUUCAUUAGCUUCAGGAUCUGGCAACUUCAGAUUAGCCAUGGUCUCGCGCUAUCGGCAAAGAACAGAGACCACUCUCAAAGGUAGCUUUGUCGAAGCGCUUUGUUGCAAGGAAUUUGAGCCCGACAGAAACCAGCUGGAAAUGUUCGCCGCCACAGAGAUUGAGAAGAUGGCCAUGGGGGCGAAUUCAGUCUUCCACAACUUGCAACUGAAAGAUAAUGUCAUUCAGAGCUUUGGUCGUGUUAAAAACCCAAGCUUCCAGUUUGCAUCUUGCUCGAUCGGGUAUAUCGCGCGAUACGCCACGACGGAAAGUUUCCAGGAGAUGUCGAAGACACUUCCGCAAAAUCUGGAAGCAAUAUAUAAGCUGACCCUCCAGCGCUGCAAUGAACAGCGGGCUUCGACCCAAGCUCUGAUUCAAUCUGCUCUUCAAUUAACUGCAUUCUCGGACCCUCCGCUCACGAGCCAUGAGCUUUGCCACGCGAUAUCGGUGGCAGGCAUACCCGGGCUGAAUGCCGAUGAGUUGGAAUACCCUGAAGUCGAUGAAAAUGAGAUCAUGGAUGCAUGUGGCAUCUUUCUGACCAAGUCAACUCACGGAGAAGAGUUCGGGCUGGCACACCGUACGGUCAAAGAGUUUCUGGAACAAAUAGACCCCACUGAUCCAGAAUUCGCGGGAUACCGUCUGUCGGAAUCUCGAACUCGGCGCCUCCUCGACAGAUUCUUGUCCAACAGGCGGAGGCGGCUACCGUUUUAUCGAUAUGCGGCUUUGGUUUGGCCCCGACUAGCAGACGAGCUUUGGGACGACGAGGAGUUCAGACAGCAAGCUAUGGAACUUUGCAACCCCGCGCAAACCUCGAACUUCAAAGCAUGGUCCUUGGAAGUCUGUCACUUCUACCGCGUUGGAGGUUCCUGGAAUGGCUGGGUCAACGAUCGGUUCAAAGACAAGACCUGGAGUGUGGGCUCACCAUUGCAAUGCGCUCUCGGCGGCCCGUUCCUGAUUGCGUGCCACGAUCUAUCUACCAGAAAGACGUACAGAACAUGGAACAGGAUCUCUGCAGUGGAGAAGCCUUCGAUAGAGCUCUUGCAGACGUUGAUCGAAGCAGGAGCUGAUUGCACGAGACCUCUUCCAGCCCGGUAUUCGUGGAACUCCAUGGGCGCUCUGGGGCUGAAGUCGUCUGAGUGGGCAGGGAACUAUCGAAUCUUUGCCGCGAUGGUCAAGGGUGGUGCUCAAAUGCACGAUGACGCCAUCCACACAUUUCGAUUACGGUGUCGGGAGUGGACGAAAUACAAAAAGGAGCAAGCAAGAUUAGAUGUGGCUACCAUCUUGGAGAUUCUUGGAGACAUGGUUUUGUAG